UCUCCGAUCUGCGGCGACGGCCCUCUGCCGCCGCCGUCGCCGCGGCGACCGGCCUCGGCUUUCCUUCCGCGUAAGCGAGCGCUCUUUACGCCAGCCGAGGCUUCUUGGUCGCCGCUGCCUUUGUAUGUUUUGUUGCCGACGAUCAAUUGAUCUCCAUGCAUCGAAAAAGAAAAAAUGAAAUAUUGAAGGAUUUCUGUUUGAUUUUGGAGGGGCGGGGCGCUGCUGCUGCGGCGCAACCCCCCGCCGCAUGUGACUUGGUACAGCCCAGGAAAGCGCCAUCCUCCUCUUCAUCCUCAUCGUCCUUCAGAGAACAACGCGCAUGCAGACGAAAUGGACGCCCCGUCGCCUCACCUUCCGCUUCUUCCUCUCUCGUGCUGAUUGUUUUGGCGCCCGAGUCGUCGUCGUCGUCGUCGUCGUCGUCCCCACUUGGGAUCAUCGUGCGGCGGCCUCACACCUUGUCGGAGAUGGUGUACGCACAGGCCAACACGGCGGCCACGGAGCGCUCGCUCUUCGCGUCGACCUUCUCGUAUCCAGCGUCUUGCAACUGCUCGGAGACGGCGGACAACGGCACGGCGGCGCCCCCCGGCGGCGGCCGCGAGGUUCCGCCCGAGGCCGCCUCGUCUCGGGCGUGGACGGCGGAGGACGGGCUGACGUCGGGCGAGGUGUCGGCGCUAGCGCUGGCGUUCGGGGCGGUGUGGCUGGUGUCCGUCCUGGGCAACGCUCUGGUGUGCCUGGUGAUCCACCGCAGCCGCCGCACCCAGUCCACCACCAACUACUUCGUGGUGGCCAUCGCCUGCGCCGACCUGCUGCUGAGCGUGGGCGGCGCCCCCGUGGUCCUGGCACAGGUGGCGUGGGGGAGCUGGCCCCUGGGCGCGGCAGCGUGCGCGGCGGCCCGCUACGUGCAGCACCUGUGUCCCGGCGUGCAGGUGUACGUCCUGCUGUCCAUCUCGGUGGACCGCUUCUACACCAUCGUGUACCCGCUCAGCUUCAAGGUGUCCCGCGAGAAGGCAAAGAAGAUGAUCAUGGCGUCGUGUUUUCUGGACGCCACUCUGGUGGCGCCGUGCCUCUUCUUCUACGGCGCCGCCCCCGCCGACGGCCGCCACUGCCACUUCUUCCUGCCCGACAGCUGGGGCGCCGUGUCCUACGCCGCCGUGCACCUCGUUCUGGGGUUCGCUCUCCCGGCGGGCCUCAUCGUGUCCUUCUACCAGCGAGUGGUGCGCCACAUCUGGAGGAUCGGCGCCGACGGCCACACGGUGCGGCGCACCGUGAACACGGUGCCCCGCACCAAGGUGAAGACCAUCAAGAUGUUCCUGGUGCUCAACUGGCUCUUCUUCGUAACAUGGACGCCUUUCUACCUGGCGCAACUGUGGCACCCCCGGGAGGAGGGCGGCGGGCGGCGGCGGGGACUCCUUUUCUUCGCCGCCAUCGCCUGGAUCUCCUUCAGCUCCACCGCCUCCAAGCCCACCUUGUACUCGGUCUACAACGCCAACUUCAGACGCGGCAUGAGGGAAACCUUCUGCGUGUCCUCCAUCAAGUGUUACCGCAGCAACGCCUACACCAUCACUGCCAGCUCGCGAUUGGCCAAGAAGAACUACGUGGGCGUGGCCGACGUGCCCGUCAACGCCGAGGACGAAUCCUUGGAGCGGGACGCCAAAGACAAGAAGAAACUGGCCUGGACCGCCAGCGCCCACAACACGUUUGUGUAGCGGGCUAAGCUAAGCGACGCGCGGCAAAAGACCGCUUUCUCAAACUAAGGUCCCCGAACCCUCGGGGUCCGCGAGCCGUAACUCCUGGGUCGGCUUGCUAUGGGCGGGUCGCCCGCUCCAAAGGGCUCUUUCCCUGGAACUGACAACAUUCUCAAUGGCACCCAAUUGUUCUGCACUCUUUGAUGAUUUCUUUAUUGUGGCAGCCAUCUUUGAGGAAUUUUCUCAAAUAGGAUGAAAGAAGGGGCACUUCAAGAAAUUCAGGAGAGAAAAACACAAUUGAGGACUGAAGUACUUGAGCAAUUCUCCUGUCCGAUGUUGCAUUUGCGCUGUUCAAGUGGACGUUCGAAACGUCACGCUCAAUUCGAGGCGUCCGCUCGGACGGGCUCAUUGCGGACGUUUUAAACUGGCACUAACCAGCCAAUCGGAGCACGGCGUCCCGAGUAUCGGACGAAACCGAAUUGUCGAGAGAGAAUCAGAUUUUCGCGUUUUUGGGCCGUACGCGUCGGACUCGCCGUUCGGGCAAACGUUGCCGCGUCGCUCGUUCGAGUGGAUGAUGAGCGGCUCGUUUCCCACUCCCGAAUGGCGACCAAGUUAUUUUGGGGAGGGUUCGUCGGGAACUUUCUGGGGUGUCAAGCUGAAGGAGCCAGUCCGAGCAGACUUUGCAUUUCCGCACUGUUCAAACCGUUUUGGGCGAGCCUCGUCACGUUGCUGUUGAUUGAUUUUAUUGUUGUUCAUUCUGCCGCUUUGCGCGCGCAAAGCUUCACACUGGCUGCCACUGCAAAAGCGAACUGGUUACAAACACGUUCGUGUUGGCCGCCGAAGCAGCGAGGUUAUUUUCCGCAAGGGGUCUGGAUUGUGUUUCUGUUGUUUGCCAGCCCGCCGAGGUCACUUCGGAAGGCGCGUCGACCCUCGGACGCCGCUCCCCAAAUAUUGGAAGGGCAAGGUCGAGUUGUUGAACACACCACAAAAUAAAAGCUGGAAUUCUGAA